CUCUUGUUACGUUAUGUAAUUUUUGGUACUUACAUUCAUCAGCAUUCAUUGAAACUGGACAACAAACGCUUCGUCGUGCACGAGGCUGUGUCUUUGAUGUAGGAAAAUGGAGUACAACUAGCAAAGCAAAACGACAUGCCAACGACUCCGACCACCACUUCGCCCGCUGCGGCGACCCACACUGCAACCUUGGGAUCAUCGUCGACGCUCGGAAAGAAUAAAGCACUCGCGACUAUCAAACACAACUUCCACCCGCACACGAGAGCUGCGGCUGCCUCAGGGACAACGCACCACUUCCGGACGAAUGCUUCCGGACAGCAGCAGGGGACACCUUCUUCUGGGCCACAGCACGCAGCUGCGCCGCAUCACAAUGUGUCCCAUCACAAUGUGUCCCAUCACAAUGCGUGGUCCCAUCACAAUGCGCCGCAACACGCUGCGCCGGCUUCGGCGCACCCGCAUCCUCACAUUGCUUUGCACCAGCAUCCACAUCAUGUCGUCGACGACAAAAGUGUGGCCUUGAACCCAAAUGCAUCGGCUCCUAUGCCUCCACACCCGCACCACGGGCAUCAAGAACAUCACCGCGGACUUCGAGGCAAGGGAUUAUUAGCAUCCGUUUCCACCACCCAUCCGCCGCCGUUGCUGCACUCGAUGCAUGAGAAGCUGAAGGAAAAGCAUUUAGAGCUGCUGGAGACGCACAACAAGAUCCAGACCGAGAAGUCCGAGUUGCAAACCGAGUUUGUCAAGUUACAAAAAGACUACCAGUCCCUCCACCUUGACUACGAAAAAGAGGUCAUCGCUUCGAAGUUGUCGCACGAAUUGAAGCAGCAGAACGAGCAGCUGAUUGACAGGGUGUCGAAUUUGCAGUCCGAACGGGACCUGCAUUUGUCCAGCCUGAAGCUGACCGAAAAACGAGCGAACCUGUUGAAAAAGUCCUACGAAAAUUUAAGACUGGAUAAGGAAUCGCUCGAGGCCGAGUACGCGGACCUGGAGCAAGAGCUGGAUUUCGGACAAGCGCUGGAGGAUGUGGGGAUUGACAGGACCCAGGCACUGCACAACUUCAAGGUCCGCAGCGGUGCUAGGAAGAUCACCAGCAAAGACGCGGGGACCUCCAGGGCUAAUGCGAAUAGAGGUAGAGGUGCCGCUGCUAGUGGUAAUACGGUCCGAUCAGCAUCAGCGUCGGCUUCCGCUUCGCCGCAGAGCAAGUUGUCGAGCCAUAAUUCUCGGCAACGGGGAGACAAGAAGGCGCAGGCAGCGGGUGGCUCGCCACCGGCCAAACUGAUGUCGGACGGUACGGCCACAGGGAGAAAGAGAAUCCAGAGUGCCAGUCCAAGCAGCGGUCACAGUACUACUAGCCCGGGGAAAGUAAGACCAAAAGGGAUGAACAAGACGAAGACUGCAAGUCCGAGAAGUGUUCUUGGUUCGGCGUCCGCGGCGGGCAACCGCAGAAGUAGGAGCAGCGCGACAACGAAAAGCGGCAGCUCAAAGAAACGGAAAUCUAGCCCACUCGUGUCCGCAGACGGAAUCCGCCGGAGUCGUCGCAGCUCGUCCAGUAUCGCGGGCUCUUCAGCGAAGAAAGUGCCAUCUUCUACCGCUGCUGCUGGGACGACAGCAACCACACCAGGCAGUAAAGGUGCCAGGUUGCGAACCCGACCUCAGAGUUCUGGCGCGAAGGCGAAAGCUCCCUCUCCCCGGGCGAUUGGCUCUGACAUGAUGCCCGUGCCCCGCCCGAUGCCGUCCAGCCCGCUGCCGGUGCCGGGGAAGGGGCGGCUGAUGCUGGCAAGAUCUGCGUCUGCUGGAGCACCUUUCUCGAGGGUGAUUUCCGCGGAGGGGGAGCGGGCCGCCGCCGAGUCCUUGGUGAUGGAAGCCGGCGUUGAAGAGGAAGAAGCUGGUGAAGUAGAAGGCGCUGGUGCGACGUCUUCAAAACAGAAGCCUGCUUCGAGAAGGCUGAGCAUCAAAGCAGACAAUAAGACAAGAACCAGUGGGGUCGUCACGAUCACGGCUCCAAAAACAGCCACAGAAGCGAAGGACGAGAAGACGCAGCAGGCGUCGGAGCUGUACGAGCAUGUGGAGUUCAUGAAGAACAAGUAUCUGCCCGUCGAGGAGCGAAAAAUUCUCGACGACUACCUCCACAUGAUGCGGUCGGAAUUUCGCGAGCAAUUUCUGCACAUGUACAACACGAAGAGCAAGAGCUUGACCGCCGUAGAGAAAAAGUUAGAAAAAGCGGUGGACCGGCACGAAUUUCUGGUGCGCUCGCACACGUGGGAGAAGGAGAAUUUGGAGUACACAGCGCAGGAGCGGCUGAACAAGCAGAUGGAAACCAUGGAAGAGACCUUCAAGGAGCAAAUGGAACGGUUGAAGCAGCAGAAACUGGACAACCGGGAGUUCACCGAGGCCGAGAACAAGUUGUUGCGGCAAGAAGUGAACGCCUUGAAACUGGAACUGCAGGACGCCGGUGCCGCGUUCGAAGAGCAAGUGACCGCGCGGGAAGAGGUGGAGAAACGGAUGAAGAUGGUGUUUGACGAUUUGCAGAAGCAGCAAGACAUGCUGCUGAGCACGGAAAACUUCUUCGGAGACAUUGAGCCCGAUGUUGGGGGAUUGGACUUGGGAGAUUUGGAGAAGAAAAACGAGACAACCACAAGAACUUCAUCAAAGCGCGCCAGUACAGCUACGGGGUCAGUCAAGUUUGUAAACGAAGGGUCGGCCGCUGAUUCAAAUGUUGUGGAGGCAGAUGGAAAACAAGAUGCAAAUAAGCCGCCGUCGGCGACGGAAAUUGAAGGUUCUGACCAAGCACAUCAAAGAACCUCUGCGAAUAAAGCCCUGCUGCCCCCGCGGCUGCGGAUUUCGUCGAAACAGAAUGCGGAUUCCGUGCAGACCAGGAUGAAGAAGUUCGACAAUUUGCUGAAAGAGACGGAGCAGAAGGAGCAGCUGAUCAAGGAGAUGGAAGCGAACUACACGAAAACCAUUCUGGACCUGAAGCAGAGCCACGAGUUUCUGCAGCAGAAGGUGAAGCAGAUGCUGAGUGAGAAAAAGAAGCAGCGGAAGAAAGUCGAGGAUUUUCUGCAGAACAAGGAGAAGUUGCAGUUCGUAGAAGAGGAGUACGACAAGUUGAAGAAGGAGCACGAAGAGUUGCUGACGAAAAACCUGUCCGCGCAGCAGCAGAAACUGAAGAUGGAGGGCGACCGGCUACGGGUCGAGGUGAACCAGCUGCACAGCGUCUUGCAGAACAGCAAGGUGGAUAACGAAAACCUCGUUUUUGAGAAGACGAAACUCGAGCAGGAAAACGCGCGGUUGUUCGGAAAGGUGUCUGGGUACGAGGCGGAAAUCGAACGAUUGAACGCGGAACUGUCCUCCCGCGACACCGACAUUCGCCAAGUGCAGGAACUGCUGUUUACUGGAACUACUACCGCAACCACGACGGCUACCGCAACCACGACGGGGGUACAAGUACUAGGGCAUUCUGGCCGUGCGACGAACCUGUCGCAGCCUUCGGUGCAGCAGAAGAAGAAGCCGAAGCUUGCGUCCAACAUCAUCAAGAGUCCGAACGAAAAAUCCGUCGGGAGCAGCGACGGUAUUCCGGUCCCGGCAACAUUCGACAUCGAGUCUCCACCAGGUGUACGAGGCGGCGGUGUCGUAGUUGCAUCCUCACCUGGUCGUGCUUCACCAGCGGCGAGUACGACCAGCCCGUCGAGCGAUAUCCACAAUUCGGUCAAGAAUUUGAUCCAGCAAAGGAAGAAAGAAAGGGAAGACCGGGAGAAGGAGAAGGCUCGAUUCGAAAAAGCGCUGAAAGCGCACGAGAGCGAGAAGACCGCGCUACAUUCGAAGCUGAAGGAGCACGAAGAAACGAACGAAUUUCUGCAGUCCAGGCUGGACCAAGCUGCGGUGGGCAUGGUGCCGCCGGAGUGGAAGCAGUCCGUGGUCCGGCAAUCGGUCACGCUGCAAAAGAUUUCGAAGGUUGGCGGCUACGCGGAAUUCCACAGCCGGUUGGAAAAGGAAAAAAUGAAGGCGGAGCAUGAACUUGAAAAGGGUCGUCGUGGUUUAACCGCGGAAGAAGAAAUAAGACCGCCACCGGAACAAGCUGCUGAACAGGGAACAGAACAAGCAGCGAACAAAACUCCCGCUUCACAACACCACUUUCUGGGGCACACAUCAGCGGGCAUCUCCGCAUCAGCGUCAAAAUUCGGGAGUCACUCCUUGCACUCCCAUCCCGAGCAAGCGCACCAUCGCAGUUUGGGUGGCGCGUUUGACCAAGUAGCGGAGGAUAGAGCCGAUGUUGCUCAUGAGAUGAAAGAGGAGCCGCAUACGAAGCACCUGCGCGCCCCCCACGCGGAGGGGGAGAGAUCGGAGCUUGUUGUGCAGCAAGCGGUUGCUGGUACAACAGCCGGUAAGGCGCUGAUUUUCGAGGAAGGAGUAGAUGAAGCUGGUGAUGAAGGACACCAGAAGGCGCUGACCAAAGACGCGGGUACUCCAUCGCCUUCAAUUUUGUCCCGGGUCGCAAUGUUUGACAAAGAACAUAAAGACAUGAUCAACUCGACCUUGGUACGAACAUCGAAAGAAACAGGGAAGAGAAGCACAUCGACUGAUAAGACCAACGCCAACGUGGAAGCUUCGUCCGUAACCUCUCGUCGAAGAUCGUCAAGGAGUUCUGGCGGUAUGGGCAUCGUUCAGAAAAUGAAAGGGAAACAAGGCAGCACACCUACAGCCUCCAGAAGUGUAUCGCCCGUCGAGCAUCCUGUCGUGGAGCAGGCACGACCUGAAAACACGGCAGCUGAUGGUGGAAACAAAAAUCAAGAUGACCAAGACCUCAUAGCUACAGGAGCUUAUCUUCAAGUUGUAGGGGAGAGAACAAAUAAGUUGAAAUUCGCUCCUCUCGAAGGUAAUAUCCUGGCUCAACAACAAGCUGAAGUCGCAUUCGCGGAAAAACAGCGUCUACAGCAGAAUCAAGCUGCUUCUUCCACUACUUCCGAUGCGGCGCCGAAAAAAAAGAUGAAGCGCAUGGUUCGUGUUGUGAAACGCCGAUCCACAAAGUCACAAGUCGCAGACGAAAAUGUGGACAAGACCUCCGCUCCGCCUCCGGAUCCGGUGUUGGACAGCAUCGUGAAGAAAAGCACAGUCGAACGCCUCCUCGCGAGUGCGCCACCGCCGGACGAGCAGGCGGACGUUGUUGAUGAUAGCUUCAUUAUCGUCGAUGGCGAGCAGGAAGACGAGAAGCCCACGGAGACAGAGGAGCAAGUAAACGGCGAGGACGUUGUAAUGGAUAUUACCGAAGCAGCAGUAAACACCGCGACAGCCAGCAGCGGCAGCGCUACGCUCAGCAGAAAGUCGAUUGCGGCGGCGAAGACGCAGGCUGCUUCGUCGAUGUUCGCGAGGAGGCCGAGCCGAUAUAUGCUGAUGCAAACCUUUAUGCGGUGGAAAAUCCGGCACCACAUGGGCCAAGGCUCUUCCACCGCGUUCGAAUCACCCGUGAGCAAGGCGAAAUCUGCUUCCGCCAGUGUUGCGCACGAGAACACGCCGCACGCGAAGGAGAUUGCGGCGGCGAAGGCGGCUCCGGUUGCGAAUAAAAUCAGGCGAUUGGAGAGUGGGAAGACAAAGACGAAAACGUCGAGCAGUCUCUUUUCAUCGAAGACGGGCCCCGUUUCUACUUCAGUGCCAGGAGGCGAGAGGGCUGCCGCGGUUGCGUCAGAAGAACAAGCUGCUGCAUCUACUUCAGGUCUUGUUGUGUCUCCACAUGCAGAUGAACAUCAAGUAGGGACUGAAGGUGCACCAGCACCAGAACCGCGUGAGAAGAAUUCAGUGCUCGAUCGGAAAGAAGUUUCGGGUGGAACGGUUAAAGCGCAUGCAGCAACAGUAGCUUCGGCGCAGGCGCAACAGGAGCGAUCACCGACGUCUCCAUCACAGACGACGGAUGUUGACGUAAGUAGCGGUUUUCGUACAACCUCCAACAAGCAGCAGGGUAAGACGAAAGCAAAGAAAGUGAAAGCAGAAGGGAGCCAGGUUCCAAGAACUGCUCAACCGCCGGAACACGACGUGCGUUUUUCGUCCGGGUCCUCUGAGGGCGAUCACGACGAACACAAGUCCGAUCUCGUCCUCGCUGCGCAUUCGCUUUUGACUGCGGGGGCCAAGCAGUGGAACGCGACGGGCGCUGGUGGCAUUGUGAAAAACGUUGGUGGUGGUUCGAAAAUAAAACGCGUGCUGUCUUCAAAGAAGUCGAGCAAGGAUGAAUCUUCUGUGCGGUCGGAAGACACGACAACUUCGGGAGCCGAAGUGGUGGGAAGUAGAGCAGCUGCAGAGGGUGAUAUUAAGUCCGACAAGGGCAAGACAAAAGUCCAGAAGAGUACGAAAGAAACCCCACAACACAAUGACGUUGUUUACUCCGACGCGGACGAAACGCCGGGAAGCACUCGGAAACUCGUGUUCGAUUUGCAGCAAGACCCGGACAGCUUGCACGAGGAGGAUUUGGCGCAGAUCGAGCAGGCUGUUUACACGUUGCAGCACAGUCCCGACACGAAAAUGGUGUCCGUGAAAGCUACAAGCACGAGUUCGUCCAAAAGCCCUCCUUCUUCCUCAACCGGCCCAACUGGUGCAAUGACUACGACGCUCGAUGCUGGGGACGACGCGGCUGGUCAUAAAAAUGCUGCAACGAAGAAAGAAAAAGACGAAAACCUCAAAAACAAGAAAAAGAACGCGCAUACAAGUCCCACAUCCCCGGGUGCGGUUGCCGAUUCCCUCGGUAAGCACGUGAAACUGCACGCGCGCCGGCUGGAGCACGCAGACAAGCUCCAAGAGGAUAUGAAGGACCGGGAGGCAGAGAAGGAGGAGAAACAGAAACUGCAGGAGCAGUACGAGAAAGAGCACAAACAGAAAUACCGGGCCAAAUAUGCGGCAAUCGGGGCAGAACACAUCGGGAGAGAGUAUUACGGGAAUAGUAAUAAAAGUGGUUCCUCCUCGAGUUCGUCCGAUAAUGAGGCCGAGAUCAUGAAGGCAUUUCUGCAGGAUCAGGUUCAGGAGGAACGAGAAAAGGAAGAUCGCUCGCACGAAGACGUGUUGAUCAAUUUGGCAGACGCCCGUGCCAGGAUGCACGAAUUGAGAAGCGAGGUCGCUGCGUCGAUGAAGAGUAACAACUUGUUGGCAACUGCUCCUGCGGUGAAAAAGAAAAAAAAGAGUUCAAAAACGACAACCUCGUCAUCUCCCGAGACAAGUAGUCCUGCAAAGAACUACAAAACGCGGGAUUCUGAAGUCGCUGCUGUUAGUGGAAGCGCAGUAGAGACAGCGUCGAUGGGACGAGCAGGGGCUGAAGGUGCAAUACCCCAAACAGCAUCCUCCCGAUCGUCGAAAAGCAACAAGCGGGAGUCCACGUCUGCGUUCUCGAAGGUGCGAAAGAGUGAGCUGAAGCUGAACACGCUCCUGAAUAAAAACUUAGCGAAGACCACCAGCUUGGAUGAUCACCGGGUGGGUUCUGGAGUAAUUGCUGCUGCAGAUGGAAGAACAGCAUCAAAAGAGAAAGAUUCACCCUCUCGAUCACCUUCCGCCUCGUCGAGAAGCAAAAAUAAAGACUCGCUCAACAUCUCGAGUUCAUCUCAACAGACUAGUAGUUCAGGAAAAGUAGAUGAAAAAGGCUUGACUGCAGCGAGUAGUACCAUCCGCCCCCCGAUCAUUAUGUCCACAAUCGACAAGAUCAGACUGGAGGACAUGAGAAACACGGGCAAAAAAUCGUCCCCGAGCUCCAACGCUUCGUCCCGAAUGUCGAAGCGCGUUUCGUUCGGCGUGGACAUGGUGAGCGAAGACAGUCUGUUUGACGUGGCACAGAAAUCUGUUUUGCGGAAAGAGGAGCGGAAGGAAAGGAAGCAGGCGCGGAGGAGUGCUAGUGGGGCGGCAAACAGUAGCGAAGAUCAUGGUGGUGGUGGUCCUGCUGGUCGUGCCACGACCAGUCCACCUUCCAAUGAUUCCUCUGCCGCGGCGGCCGCGCAAAACUUGUUGAAGCCUUCCAAAAGUAGAGGCAGCUCGUACUUCGAGCCCUCGUCUCGUCUUCCCCUCGGCGGAAGUAAUAGUAGUAGUGGAACGACGUCGUCGCCGUCGGCCAAGGAAGGCGUUGUGCGAGACAAGCUCCAGAAGAAAAAAGAGAAGAAAGAGGCGCGAAGGUCCGCGAGAGCGGCCUCGACUAGCAGCCCUCCUGCUUCUGUCUCGCCGCCGACGAGCACGACAAUGUACAGCUUCUACAACGACAUGACGUACGAUGUCUUGGAGGAUGACGGUGGCGAUCCCCAUUUCUACCUGCAAGGAAACAACUCCUCCGCAGCAGGACAGCGGCAGCGCGAUUUAGUUGGAGUCUCGUCAGCUGCACUACCACGAGAAUUCCAAUUGUACGGUUACGGGGACGAGCUGCUCCACGACCAGGAUAAUUUUCCAGCUCGAUUGAUUUUGGAAGCAAAAGCAUCAAACGAGGGCCAGCAAGAUGCGCCCGAUGAGAGCGCCCUUCAUUUCCCAGAUAGGAUUGACCUCUCUAUGCUGCAACAGCUGCUGGGAAGCGCUACGGCAGAGGACGACGCCUGAAUCGUGAAGACGGCUGUUUUAUUAUCGGAUCCUACUUUCUCUGAAAGACAAAGUAUGUUCUUGUUAAUUCCACAAGGGAAUUUCGGUUCGUGACGUGUGGUUGCUUGUGCUCGUAAGAAAGCUAAGGAGAUAGUUAACUCGUCUACCUAGGGUCGUACUCGUUAACUGGGUCUAGCUAAUACAAUACCUAUUCAUCCGGAUGAGACUACAUGAACUAAUGCUGCCUGUGUUUGGCUCAAGCCUUGUGCUUGUUGCCUUUUCUGCUAGUACGAUGAACCUUUUUUCCUGAGACUGCGUAGCAGUCUGUCGCUGGUGAUCUUCCUGGUGUUCUCAUGCGUUGCACGAUCCACAGUCACAGAACCCUGUCGGUUUUCUGUUUCAGUGGUAGCGGAGACAGAGGUUAUGCAACCAUUUGAUCACCAGUGACGGGAGUCACUAGCGACUACAAGAAGGGUAAACUAGCUAUGUCAGUAUUGUGUCAAAACAUAUGCUUCCGUUCCACGGCGACCACAUGUUUGACUACCCGCCGCGGAGCCAGUACACGGCGCGGCGAACACGACAAGUGAGGUCUUUUUCAGCCAGUGAAGAGCUUCAAAACACAGCGAUGAAUGUGUGAUCGGCAAGUUACGCCAUCCCAUCGGCAAGUGUACGCCAACAUUCCGGCAAGUUGACGCCACCAGCAUGACAAGUUUUGUCACCUCGAUUCCGACAAGUUACGUCGAACCGCGGGAAGAGGAGAUUUGUUCCACGGCUUCCUCUUCCACCAUGACAAGUUGCGUCAUCCAACCAGAUUCGUCCGGGGCAGUUGGACCCCGGUUUCGUAAACGAGCACCACUUCCUCGACUGCAUCGUCAAGUGCCCGGAAGUGUUUCUUUUCGUGAACAAAUCCAUCGAAAGAUCGUCUAUUUCGCAAAACGGAAUUCGUGCAAUUUUAUCUUCAAAUCGCAAUCGCUUGAGAGAAAAAUCUUUAACGGAUUUUUCAUGGAUAAACAAUCGCAAAGCGGAAAAGUUUAUCGAGAACGACGCAGCAGUUCGACAAAAAGGAAUAACAAAAACAAACAUCUCGGAAUAGUCUAUCGGAUUUGGCCAAACGGAAGCGGAAUAUCGACAAAAUUUAAGUUAGCAAUAAUGAGCCUGAUCGCACCAAAGCGACUCCGAACCUACGAAGCAAAUCUCAACGAGCUGAUCGCUGCUUUGGACGCAAACGACGGAAAACCCGUUCUCGUCUGUCAGCUCGGCGACCGGUGCCUCGUGUGGCGCUACAGCGGCCACUUUGACAAACCACCACCGAACGCGCGCGCGGUGCAUUUCCGGUUAAAGACGUGGAUACCGGAAUCCGACCUGCAGCGGGUAAGCCACCACUUGUGGGGCGGAAAAACGCUCUGCAUCUGCAGCCCGCUGCCCGGCACUUUCGUCUACCAGAUCGUGAAGGUGCCCUUCCAUCUCGGACGGUACGUGCCCUCGCUGUUGGAAGCGCCAGGAUUAGAGUUGGACCUGCAGGACAGCUUCGGAGAAGAAGGUCCGGCUCUCACGGAAGGAAAACUGGUGCUGUACGACAGUCGGGAACCAAACCCGACCACGCACUACGGCGAUCGCGAGGCACUUGAAGCACAGUUUCCGUACGACAACGGGCAGCCUCCGGCUGGUGUCUUCAGCCUGAGUCGCCUCUUCCCGGGUCCGUUGUUUCUCGGACACCCGAAGCCGUUCGGGACAACCGUGAGCGCGGAGAAGGACUUCUUGUUCUACUGGAACCAGGAACAGCAGGCACGCGUGGCGAAUUCAUCGUUCAAUCCGGUGUUGAGUCUGAACAGCCUGGUCCUGUUCUGGCAGGUAACCGGCUAUACGCCGGCGAACAAUCAACGGAACGAGUGCGUACUCGGGUACGCAGUACACGCAGGACGGAGUGUGGAACCACGCCGGCCUGAACGGAGACCCCUUCAUUCAACGGGAUCGGCCCCCAGUAGUCAGAAAAGCAAAAAAAUCACAAAAGCCGGAAAAUUUUCGCGCUUUUAAGUUUUCGCAGGGUUUUUGCAGUUCUUGCAGCCGCUCGCUGGUGCGUUUUCUUUUUCUGGUUGUGUGUCUUGGGUUUGUGGGUUGGGCGGGAAAAGCAGGCGUGGGCGCAAGGGAUUGGAGUGGGGCCGGCAGAGGGAGCCCAUGUUGCCGGUGUGUGCUUCGGGAUGGGAGAGGGAUGCUGGGUGGGAAAGUUUUGGUCGGGCGAGUGGCCAAUUAAUUCUGCGACAAAAAAUCGCCUUUGUUGCGACAAAAAAUCUGAAAUAAUUAAAAAAAAUCGGCUUUCGGCCGUGGUUUUUUUUUUCUUAGGGAUUUCAGGAAGAACCCGAAAAAUGUCGCACCCGUGUCGCACCGGUGUCGCACCCGUGUCGCACUCAUGUCGCAAAGAAAGCAACUUUUUGGCGCAAAUUUAUUCGGUGUUUUUCUUUUUUUUCGGUGACGUUGUGUUUGCCCGAACAAAAGUUGCGUGCUCGAUUUCAUGUGGCGCAGUUCUUCGAAAACCCCGGAGCCCACAGGUCCGCAGCCUGUUGACAAAGCCCCGGCGUUAUUUUAGGGCCUACAGAUUUCCUAUCGAGCGAGCCCCGGCGGAGUGGUUUGGCACAAUAGGGCGGCAGUGCAAAAAUUUUUUUUUCGUUUUUCUUUUGGGAUUCAUGAUUUUUUUAUUUCCGGGCCCAUUGGGGCCCGAUCCCGUUGACUUCAUCGGAAACCAGACGAGCGGCCAACGUAGCGGCCUGCGCUGCUGGAUUUGCGGUGCACACGGACACCGUGCGGCGGUGUGUCCCGGAGCGAACAAUGAACCCGAGUUCGAGCCAAGCCCGACGCGGGAGCGCUCCCGGGAAACUCUGCGGUUCUGGACCACAGCGGACGCCCAGAGCUGAGUCGAGCGACAAACAACUUUUAAACAGCAAAAAUGUAAUUUCGCCGAGCUACAAGCCUUCUCCAACCUUUGACAACAAAUCAAAAGAACUACCUCUUCCAGCAUUUCUUUCGCAGAACGCAAACAGCAGUGAACUCGGACGGAGCAGCAGCAACAGCUCCGGCAGCAAUUUUAUCUUCGAAUCCAGCGCAGAAAAUCAGUAUUCCGAAACAACUACCCAAUUUUUGAAAGAUUUCCUUACCGGGUAUGCCGUGCCAUGGCAUCUCGGACACUACCAGCAGAUCGAGAACUUACUCGCCCAGCGCGAGCAAAUCAACCAAGAGCUCGGCUACGAAGCCAUCCUGAAGGAUAUUGCCUACACCGUUCCCACGGCGAAACUACCCGAUUUCGAGAAGAAGAAACUCAGCGACGUGAGCGUCAAGCUGCUGGCGACCAGGACCGGGAAACUGCUCAUGGCGCCAGAGAAGAUGCGGCUCAAGAUUACCGACCCGCUCUGUGACCUGUUCAUGUCGGUGAUAGAAUUCGGUAAGGAACUGGACGAGGACCUCGAUUUGAUCCAUGCGCUUAAUCGCGACGUAAACUGCACGGAGAGUCGGCGUUGGAAGAUUCUCCAGCAGGAACAAAUCGACGAGCUACGUGUAAGAAAAGACCGACCACCAACACCAUCGGAAUCUUCAAGCGAAUCUUUCAACUCGGCGUGGUGGCGGUACAGCCAGAACCCGUGCCGGAAGAAAGCGGAGUAGCCGGGGACAGGAGCACCGGCACCAGCAAGUUUUUUGUGACGAAAGUUUGAUGAAGCCCGUUUCGAUUUUCCUCUUUUCUGAUUUCUUGGAGCCGGAAUUCAGCUUUCGAAUCUGUGCACCUUUUUGUUUCUUGGAAGAAUAAGCAGAAAUAGGAGUGCGGCGGCUGCGCCCGAAAGAACGAAGUAUCGACUCGGUGUCUUUUGUUUCUCGAUCGCAAAAUUGCCGUAACGCAAAUCGCAAAUCGCAGUAUCGAAAAUUCGUCUGUCGUUUGUUUAUGUCGAAACCGAGAAGCAAAAUCAGAACCGCCAAUCUGCAGUAUCACCCGCAAACGAAAAAGGCCUAACCGACCGGAAUCACGGAGUUCGACAAUCUAAGACUUUGCCCAUCAAAACCAGGAUUUAGCAGCACUAAGGUGUAGUGCGCAAGUCUCCCCAGCUAGGUGCGCUCGACUAGUCGACGCACUGGAAAAACAAAACUAAUCCCCAACUAACCAAGUCCCGUAAGAAGUGAACGAACGGAGCCCGUAUGUGCGGCUGCCUGCAGACCGCCGUCAGCAUCUUCUUCUGGAAAAUAAUCGAGAUCGUCGCACUUUGUGUGUUCGGCGGUUUUCUUCUCAUCAUCUUCGCCUUCUACCUCUUUUGGUGUAACGAGCCGUAGAAGCGCAAAAUGGGAGGUCCAGGGCAAGGCAAGGGAGCGGCCGCUGGACAGCGUGCGCUGCAGGAUGGGAACCCGACGUCCGACGAAUCGAUGACGUCGCGGCGCAGCAGCCGGAACGGAAACUACCAGCUGCAAAAUUACAACUACAACAACUACCAAGUGGGUACCAACGACAACGGAUAUGGAAAUAAAAACAAAGGAAAAUGGAUGAACAACUACGGGGGCAAGAAAGGGCCGUAUGGUCCAGACACAUACGGACCCGAGCACGGAUACAACAACGCAAAUUACGGCCAUUGGUCCGAGGAGCAGUGGGCACGCUGGUACGAGGAAUGGACCGAUUUCAAGGGCCGAAUGCGCAAGGGCGUACAGAACUGGAUGGGACAUGCCCGUGAUGCCGAACAGGCCGCCGUCGGAGCAGCAACAGCAGCGGUUGGCGCGGCGGCCACGUCCAUGGACGCGCAAAACGCAGUGUCGGAACUGCGUAACGACCAUGAAAAGGAACUGCGCGCUGCGAAAACCGAGCUCGACGGGCUGGCAAGCAACACGACCGCGCAGGUGGCGGCCGCGCAGGACAACAUCGCCAACCUCGAUAACAAAGUGGUGACGGAGCUGACCGCGGCCAAGCAGGUAGUCGACGAGAUCAAGACAACCCAGAACAACAAUACAAACCAAAUCGUCAACAACAUGCAGGGACUGCAGAACCAAGCCGACAACCUGUCCGCAAGCGUGGCAGGGUUGCAAGGGCAAGCCCAGGCGAAUAUGGCGCAGAUGCAGACCUACAUGCAACAGCAGAUGCAGGAAAUGGAAGGCCGAUACGUGCACCUCCUGCAGAAUGCGACGAAUGCCACCGAUCAAGCACUUGCGGCAUUGGAAAAGGAGAAGGCACGAGCUGCAGCUGCAACUGCGUCUUUGCAACAGCAGUCGACGGUGCAACAUUUCAACAUCGGAUCGACGGGGGCAACAGCCCGUGAAUGCAACAUUCUGAGCGGCGAAGUUGCGGAAGACGUGACGACGCGGAGUCGCGCUGCGUCCGUCGCCAGUUCUCUCGGUAGCAAAAUCCGCAACGAGAAGAAGUACUACAUCGAAGAAGACCCGGACUAUGCGGCAAGCGAGUUCUUGCCAGGUUUGCACCCGAAGGAAGUGGAGCGUGCUACCAUCGCGGCCGGAUACUCGGCGGCAGCAUUCGCUGCGGCCGAAGCUGGUCAGGCCGAGGCCGAAGAAGACGCCUUUUCGACGACGACAAAGAAGAGUAAGAGGACGAGCGGCGCCGAAAAGAAGAAGCGAAAGCGCGCGUUGAAGAAGGCGGCCGCCGGAGGCGACGGUGGGGACGAUGGCGGUAGUUCGUCAUCCUCGUCUUCGGAAUCCGAAACUUCUUCUGACAAUGGAUCCGCGGUUGACGACGACGAUGACAUCAAGAAGCGGAAGAACUGGUCUUCCAAAGAUUACGAGAAACACUACACUCAGCAGCCCAACAUGGUAGGCGGCGGUAGUAGUGGUGCCGGCGGUGGAAACGGCAACGGGGGCAACAACGACAACAGUCAAGGCGGCGGUCACGGUGGAGACGACGGUGAUGAUGGUCGUGACGGUUAUGGGAACAAGGCAAAGGGCAAGGGCAUCCUGAAGGAGGAGCGCGUGGAGGUCAAGCGGCUGAACCUGGAUGCCGCCCGGCCGUCGGCCAACACGACCCCCGAAGAAGGGAAGAUCGGGCUCGUGAUGAAUGCGGAUGGCAUUCUCGUCGGUACCAUCGGUAAUUUCGACGUUCCGCUCGAGUCGACGCACAUCGCGGAGGGCAAGACCUUGACAUCGGCACAGAAGACGAAAAUCGACUUCCGACAGUAUGUUGCCGCUGGUCCACCAAAAUUCAGCUCCUCGAUGAAGCUCGCGAGCUGGAAAAUGGAGUUAGAAAUGCACCUAAAGGGAUGCAUUGACACCGACCGGGCGGUGGCGCUGAGCGCAGAGACCGUCCUCGUGCGGAAGCACUGGAUGGAAGCGCACACCGAGGAUCAGAAAACUGACAUCCUCGCGCUCGGCUACAUCGACCGGGACAAAUUGAACUCGUGCACCGUCCUCAACUACUUCACCUCCUUGACCGAGCUCUACGGCCAAAUGGCAUCCGACAUCAACGACCGUCUGAAGAAUUGGUCCGUGCAAGAAGGCGAUUGGAACAAGAAAAAUGCCAACAUGUGGCUGGAGUUGGCCAAGUUCCGGCGCGCGGCGCUUGCGAUGGGGAUUACGAUCAAUCCGAAGAGCGAGGUAGACCAGUUGCGGCUGCUCGCGGAAUUUCGCGAUCGCAUUCCCAUCGACGACGCGUUCCUGCGCGAGGUCAUGAUGUUCUCCACCAGCAAGAUGAAGAAGAAGAAACGGAUGCGCUUGACGCGUGCGUGGCCGUACUUCAAGGAGAUCAUGGCUUACGUCAGUCUCGACCGGAACAUCCGGACCAGUUCCGCCAUUAUCAAUUACAAGUCGAAAUCAAAAGCGGCCAACGCUUUCUCCUUCCACAUCAACCACCUCGGAAUGAGCGGCUGCGGUUGCAGCGCUGGGCGCGAAACCGCCGAGGAGGUUAUCAUGUGCGAAGAGGUCCACCAGCCGCAGGUGAUGGCGGCGGCGUUCGCCAAAUUCGGCGAUAAAAUACAACCCGCAAAGGGCAACAUUGUUUGUUGGUCUUGCGGAAAGGUGGGACACAAAAAGGCGGAAUGUAAUUUUAAUAAACCGGGAAUCAACAGCGCGCGAACCUGUACAACCUGCAAAAGCCCGUCCCACGACCGUGACAACUGCCCCGUGUACUCGCUCUGCAUCAAGGCCGCCCAGUUCUUUCGCAAGUUCAAGCGGAACGCCCGAAAGGGGGGCAAGAAGGGUAAGAAGGGCGGUGGCAAGCGACGUGGAAAUAAAAAAUUUUUCGCGAGUAUCCAAUUUGUGGAUACCGACGGCCUAGUCCAGCACACGGUGGGGAUCGAAAUGGGCGAUAUGGACGAAGAGUUUUGGCUCGGGGAGUACGUUGCGGAACCGACGACCAGUACCACCACGCAGCAACCGAGCCUGAGCGUGAAUCCGGCUCAGGUUAGCGACGCGGCGAGCGCCGCCGCGACGGCUGGUACGGUCCCGGCCGGCGGGGACGACACAGUCGAAGAAGAGGAGUACGACUACGACGAGGAUGGUUUGUACCUCGACCGGGAUUUCCGGGACGGCCCGUAGACAAGUCGGACUACGCGGCCGGAAACCAAAACGAAAAGCCACCGACUAACAACGAACUUUUCGUGAGCAGCAUCGUGAAGAAGAACUUGAUCGACAAAAAGAAAAUUAGCAGGCCGAAGGAGUACUACCUCUGCAGGAAGAAUCCGAACCCUCUUCCGCAAACAGAACAAUUUGAACGAGAAAAAUAUGUGAACCAGCCGGAGAAAAUAGUCCCGGUCAACAAGGCGGCUGUCCACCUGAAAGCCGUGAUACAGAGCAUUCUACUUGACUUGAAAGACCUGAAAGUGAUGAGCGCCAGCAUGAAGGAUAUCGCAAAAUUUCUGAUCGACAGCGGGUUUAGCCGAUUAUUGUUUAUGGGAGUGGUGGCUUUGGAGGAGCGCCACCGUUUUUGUCUGCAGCACGGAAUCAAAUUAGAAUUUACCAACGUCCCGCUGGAGGCGUCUACCGCGGGAGGCGCAACUAAAGUCCUUGGUAUUGCAGAAGUAAUUGUGGCGUUGCCGCACGGUUGCAAGGUGCCAGCCGGUCUGGUGCACUGUAUCGUGGUCGACGACCGGGAGUGGCCACAACCUGCAACGAACCUGAUCGGAUUGGAGUUCAUGCGCCAGUUCAAAAUCGGCAUCGACCCGGAUACCGGACACGGCCGUUGCGGCGCGUGGGAAACGGAACCGGUCGACAACCAGUGCAUGAUGGAUAUUUUUGAAGAACUUACUCCUGAUUUUCUGCGAGCAGUACGAAAGCAGAUCGAAGCCGGAUUCGCGACUACCGCAAGCGUGAUGCGGGCCGCGAAGAACAGAAAAACUAGCACGAAUCAGAUAUCUUUCCCACAUCCAGACCAUACAAGAAUCUUUCCCACGCUGCUGGAGGCACAGAACAAUCCUGCCUCGUCUUCAUCUUCUUCGUCAGCAGCACCAGUCGGGAGCCGAGAGCUACCAACGGGAACUUCUACUGCGAAUCAAAAGCCGAACGACAACGGAAUGGCAAUUGAUGUAGCAAAAAUGUACGCAUGCGCAAGAAUCUUGGUCGGUGCAACCCACGCACCCAAACCAACGGGCGCCGACAUACGGGCGCGAACCAGAGUAAUACACGAUCUCGACGAAGUCAGAAACAAACUACAAAGUCUCAACAAUUUUUCUAACCAAAACGCGAAUUUAAUCAACGCAGAAUUACCACUUCGAGGAGAAACACACCGGAAUAUCGUCGCGGUGUAUUUCUUCGACCAACAGGUGCGCGGAAGCGAGCCCGUGCACGACCGCAGUGGCUUCGGAAUACCUGUGAUCUCCAGGUACACGAAUAAUAGCAAAAUCAAGCAGUGGAAGCGGGCCACAGAAUCGAUUACAGCUCUGAGCGGGCGGCGCGUUGCCUCCGCGGACUCAGGAAAGCAUGUCGCUUUGCAGCUACGCGGGCGGACGCUGCAGUUCCCCGUGCCGAAGAGCAUUCAGUCGGUGUUCCAAGAAGGCGAAGCCGGCCUGUCCAAGAGGGCGCAGGAUCGUAUCAAGGAGAUGCCGGAAUAUCAGGAUCUGUUCGAACGGAGUAAGCGUUUCCUGAUGAAGUACCGGGCUGGCUGCGCGCUUUUCACCGGAAACGGAAAGCAAGGGGCCGUCGCCGUUGCCGAACUGGUUGGCGAUCAAUUACGACUGAGAUCGGAGAAACGAGCUGCACACAUGAGUCUGGUUUCGUUGCUCGCAGCGAAUGGUGAGCGGCCGACAUCGGACGGCCGGGUAACAAGGUUCGGAUACGGGUUGGUAUCACCGACCCAAGACGCGCACGACGGCAAAAGCGUGACCGUUCCUUUCGACCCGCGCCGAAACCUGACGAGGCGCCAGGCCGAGGUGUACGCGUACCUCAGAGCGAUGACGCACCGUCAUGCAGGUAAGCUUGACGCCAAGCUCAUGACGAAGCUCGCGAAGGGGAAGUUCCGCAGCAUCCCCUUCCGGGAUUUGAGGACCGCGAUCGACGCGGCAAUGAGGAAAAGUUUCUCGAACGUGAGAUACACGACAUGGCCGAUGGAGCGAGCCAUAGGCUCUUGGUCCACCGUGGACCUGUCGGCCGUGAGUAUGUUAGACACAGCCUUUGUGUCUGGCGACAUGCUCAUCCAGCCAAAUACGGUAGUGCAGUUGCUGCGCAAGAUCAGCGGCGACAUCUGGCUGGACUUCAUCGGACCGAAAUGGAUCACACUCGCUGAGUGCGCGAACUACGCGGACGACCCCGCGCCGGUGGACGGAGACGGGAAACCACUGGCCAUCGGCAAUAAAACCAAAAAUGAAAACGACCAACUGUUAGGCCUGAACGACGCGGACCAGAGCGAUAAGAAGCUGAGUUCCGGUCAGCCCACUGCCGACGCGGUUUGCAAGUUUGUAAGCGAAAAUCUCGACAACAUCGGAAGGAUCCUUAUCAUGGAUCCGGGAUCCGAAAAUAUCAGCGAGGGUUUGGCCACGCUGCUGCUGGCGGCGGGAAUUCGGGUGAGAAUAGUUUCCGGGAAUUCCGCGACAGCAAUGGCAGAUGUUGAAGUUUCUCAUCUGCAUCUGAAGACCAACCUUCACGCCGCAAUGAGGCACCCGUUACUGCGGGAUCUGCCACUGUCAGUGCUGCUCCGGCUCCUCGCGCAUGCGCGCCGCGAGCGGAAAAUGAUGACGUCAUACCUAGAGAAAGGAGAGGAGUGGCGGUUGGCACAGAAAGGCGACCUACCGGAGGAUUCCGCUAUCCGCUUCUGGAGCGUGGAGGACGCGCGGAUAAGUAAGAUCCAGCGGGCGGAAAACCGAAUCGCCGCGCGGAUCGCAGUUCUGGAAUCGUUUCUCGACCCCGAGCUACACCUGGAAUUGAGCCUCCUAUUCCGGCGCCUCACGGAAGACGGCAGGGGCCCGGAAGCAGUACUCGGCGACCUCGUGGAGUGGAAGAAUAAGGGAGAGAAGUGGGUGCCAGGACAUCUCGAGCAGGCCGAGGAAGGAAGCAUCGUGUGGGGAGUGAAGCCACUCUCCGCCACCUCUGCUAUCCAGAAGAUCCCAAAGAAGAAAGUGCAGAGGGUGAUCGACCACGAGCUUGCAUUGGCGCUCCCGGACACGGUCGAGAUGUUUAUGUCGGACAUUCCCAAGCUCCCGCAGAUCCUCGCACAAAUCCGGCACAAGGGAUACUUCGACCGGGUGGACCGCGAAGAGAACUUCGGACUCGUCGCAAAAGACGACUUUCGCGGUGCGAAAAUAAAUGAGAGCCGGUUAAUACCAUGCAUCGACUGCGCCGAAAUGCGGUACGUAGAGGCUAACUUCCCCGGAGAAGUAUGCCGUUGCGUAAAUCUGUGUCCACAUGUCUUCUGCGGCGACGAAAGCGACGACAAGCUGUGCACAGCGGGGAUGUGGCUGCCGGAGAAGAAGCUCCGCAGCGACAUGAAGAAGACGCGUCCAGAAUUCCUGUACGAGAACAAAGAUGAGAAAACGACUCAGCAGGAGGAGCGUCUGGUGCAAGACAAGGUGAAGAAAACUGUAAAGUUUGAUCUACAAAACGCGUCCCCAAAGCCUGCAGCAAAAGAAGACGACGGACUGCCCGAGGAGGACUUGCUCGGUAGUGAAGAAGAGGACGAAAAAGUAGCAUCAGACUCCGAGGAGGAACAAGAAGUAGGUGCGCCCGCUGAUGGUCUCGCCGCAGACGUCGAUGACGGCGCCGAGGAAGGCGGCGACGAGCAAGUAGAAGCGGAGAACUUCAUUCCCGAAGACGAGCUUGACGAGCUGGCAGGCGCACCGGAGAUCAACGUGGUCGAUCUGUCGCUCGAGGACUUCAACGCAGUGAUGGACAUAAUGGAAGUGCAAUCCUACAACCUGAAACUGGAAGCACAGCAGGAGGGCGAGAAGAAGUUUGGCGGACUCGACAUUUUGAAACACAUAAAGUGGGACGCACGGAAGGCGAAAGUGCUCGGUCUGCCAGUCAACAAACCCAGCAUGGCACUGCGAGAAGUAGUACGGAAAGUGAAGGGUUACAAUGCCAAGUGCAUUAACGUGGAAGCCAGCGAAUGGAUCACAGUCAAGAACAUGCUGAACGACGAGCCGGUGCCGGAAGGAUGGGCGGCGCCCUGCGAUCUGAUCGAGGGUAUGACCUUGGUGUGGGAAAAGCACCACGCGGAACGACUAAACCCGAACAACGCCGCCUCGAAGAACCGUACGUGCGUAAAGUACUACCUCAACGAAGGCUACACCGCCGAGGGCGGCUACUUUUUCUCGCAAGAAAUGCGUGAACAAACCGCUGGUGCCAUCCGCUUCGAAUUUGCUGAUUCGUUUGGCGCGGAAGACGGUCGCGCGGAACACAGUGUGAUCAGUAGUCACCAUGCCGGCAUGACAGCGGCACAGCGGAAACGGCUCCGCAGCGCGAGGAAGAUGGCCGACAUGACGCCCUACUCGGUGCUGAGCGAGUUGCUACGAGUGGUGGAAACCAAGAUGGCGCUGACCAAGGAAAUAGAAGGUCAGAUGGUGGCAAAGAAAGACAAGGAGCUUCCGAACGUGGUGAAGGCGCUGAACAGCGGGGAAAACCUGUCUGGCAAGCAAAAACUCUUGCUCACAUCGCGAUUUAUUCUCGAUGCGAAGUUUCUCUCGGAGUUCUACUGGCAAUUGAAAUGCCGGUGGGCUCCGGGGGGACACUUACAAGAGAGGCCGGACGAGGCGGCCGAGAAUGCAAGUCCGACUCUUUCAGAGUUGGACUUGCGCCUCAUGUCCGUCAUCGCUGGAAAGUGGAAGCGCACCGUAGGAAUGGUAUUUGAUGUACCACGGGCCUUCCAGGAGAGCAGGACGUACACGGACGAGGAGAUGCCGGAGAUGCGUUUUCCGCGCGUGCAAGGGCGCUUCGCCGAAGCUUUGGACGGCGCAUUGGCGAUCCUGAACAAGAAGCACAACCUGGACCUGAACCCGGAUUCGCGUUUGCGGAUCCGGGUGCCACAAUAUGGCUUGCUCGACGCAGCCUAUUAUUUUUAUCGCAAGUCGCGAGAAGAAUUCGUGGCCCAGGGCAUGCCACCAUCCGCGAUGGCACCCUGCAUCUACAGAUUGCGGAUAGAAGGCCGCGUAGUUGCAGUUUUUGGCUCACACGUGGGCGAUUUCUUGGUGCUGGCAGACGGUUCGGUCCCGGGCCUCCUCGAAGUGAUCAAGUCCAGAAUGAAGAAAGCGUUUUCUUCACUUGAAGACAGUUGCUUCGAGGAAAUAACGUCGGAAUGGACGAACUUUACCGGCAAAAGCAUCAGGAUUGUCACCGUGGACGGACACCAAGCUCUCGACCUCUCGAUGCACCGAAAAAUCGAUGAAUUAAGCGAAUUCGAGACGGACGCCACAAUAAACGGUGGAAGACCAGAUCCAGCAGCAAAACUAACACCAACAGAAGUAACCCGGCUUCGCGGCGUCAGAGGAAGUACGGGGUACGUCGCGGAACGACUUUGUGAGUUCAUCUACACCCAACGCGCCCUCGCCUCUGGUGCCGAUGAGCAGCGCACUGUCGCAAAUGCGUGCAGAGUAAACACCUUGGUGCAAGAUAUGAAGCGGGUGAGAGAGCAGGACCAGACGUUUCUGCGGUUGUGGCUUGACUUUUCCGAGCCGUGCUUUUUGUUGAUAACAGACGGAAGUUUUCAAAGCAAGCCGGUUAAAAAGCAGAAGGGAGAAGAAAAAGAGAAGCUCGACCGCGGCAUGGCGGAGUUCAUGGCCGCGGAUGAUCCCCGUCUCGCAGAAGCGCGCGAACUGCAGUUACGGCCGAUGACAGCUUUUCUGCUCGUGGUGACCGACAAGAAGGAGUUGGCGGACUCGAUCCAGAAAACACGACCACUUCGCUCCUCCAUUCUGCACUGGGAUUGCCACGUACACGACACGGUGGUAGACGGCAGUUACGGUGCGGAAGCUCUCGGCUACGACCGCGGAACGCAGCAGGCAGAGAGCGUCAAGUUGCGGUUGGCCGAGAUGGAAAUGCCGACUCCGUACGGGAUUUUAACCGAGGAAAUCAUCGCUGCUGCAGAAGGUUUUGAACAACACGAUUUUAUUGACAACAGUUCCGUCAUAGCAAGGUUGCUGUCAAGGUCCACGACGAUGGAGCCGGACAAUUGUGUUUUCCGCGCAAUAGCCCGUGCAAGACAACUCCACAGGAAGACGCGGAGGAACCUGCUGCACAUUUCGGAUCCCAGCAAUUUGACCGACGUUUUAACCAAAUGGUGGACGUCGGUCAAUGAAAAACGAGGCCGACUGCGACAGCUUAUGAACGGUCAUUGGCUGUGGCCGUCGGGACCGGGCGACCGCCGAGGAGACGCGGUAGGCGUGCUGAGGAAGCUCGACAAAGAAGACGCGCAGUGGGACGGAACCGAAGGUGACGCCACUGCCGCAGCCGCGGGAAACAGCAGCAAUUGAUCCGUUUUCUUGUUUUCUAUGUAUGAUUUUAGUUUAAGUUUCAGAGAAUGACAGUGUAAAAUGAAUAACCUCAACAAAGAAAAGUCUAAAAGAAAAAGAGAUCUUCAUCAGCAAUCUUGUACGAUUCACCACUACAAAUCAAACAAAAAGUUCGCACGAAAUAAACGACCCAGAUCCGGUAGAUUUACAGGAAAACGACACAACAAAAGAGAGUAAUGAGUCUUGAAAUUUUUGUGUUUUUGAAUUCAAUCAUCGAAAGCUUUCUGGCCUGUUUUGACAUCAUUUUACUCAUCAAUCCAUUUUCACAGCGGAUGAUGUUUCAGAGAGAAGUACGACCCACCGUAAGAACGAACUAAAAUUUUGUAAGUCACAACCAAAAGCUCUACCGACAGACGCGUUAGAAAAAGUUAAACCUAGACAGCCACAGUAAUUUUCCUAUUUUCUGAUUUCUUUUUUGGUUUUUGUAAAGUGAGGUGUAGUAGCACCGCCGUGUAAAGCCAAGAAGACAGUACGCGAACGAACUUGGAUUUGGAAGUACGAACAGAAAGCACGAUGGCAGGACGGAAUCCUUUUACCGAGAAGAAGGAGUACCCGAAGUGUGGUCUCUUUCCCCACACCCACGCGUCGGACUGCAAGAAGCUUAUGGAGCGCCGGCGAAAGAAGCUGUAUCUGGUGUUGAGCUGCAUCGACGGGAAACGUGUUUCCGGUCCCGUUCCUUUGGUGAUUCCCCGGACCUGGUUCUCGGUGUGCAACAGUCUCGCGUUCCGGUACCUGCCCCGCCUGCUCUGCAUCCCGACGUUUGAAUUGGAGUACCAGUAUCAAAUGAAGAUCUUCUUGCCGAUGGGACGCUACCAAAAGAGCGCGGCGUACGAAGAGCUGAGCGGCACGAUGCUGGGAUACUGUGGGCUGUUGCGGAUGGAUCAGCCGGAGCUGUGGGCACUGAUCGCGGACGCCACGUUGGAUCCGUCGCACAGCUACGCCGGUUUCGCCAAGCAGUGUGCCAAAGUGGUCCACCACAUGCAGCUCUUGUGUCCGAGCGGCGGGCGCAACUACAUCAGGAUGCAGCUGUGCGAAGAAGAGUUGACGCUGCUUGAGUUACAGCGCUUCUUCGUCUACUACGCCACCGCAAAGGAUCGCCGUGAGCUGAAGAACAUGCAGGACUACCCCGCGUGCGCACAAUACGCGGCGGGUGCAGUUGACAUGGAGAGCGAGCCCUUCGUCAUACUGGACGAGUGAACAGAACGAUACGGAGACGAGCGGAGGAGAAAAACAAGGAAGGAUAAACGACACAAUACUGAAAUAUAGAUAACUGAGAUUAGAAAAACAAUGGUAGUCUCAAAGGCGGAGCACAAGCAAUUCCACAACCCGGGGGAACUGUUAACUCCACAAGGGAAUUUCGGUUCGUGACGUGUGGUUGCUUGUGCUCGUAAGAAAGCUAAGGAGAUAGUUAACUCGUCUACCUAGGGUCGUACUCGUUAACUGGGUCUAGCUAAUACAAUACCUAUUCAUCCGGAUGAGACUACAUGAACUAAUGCUGCCUGUGUUUGGCUCAAGCCUUGUGCUUGUUGCCUUUUCUGCUAGUACGAUGAACCUUUUUUCCUGAGACUGCGUAGCAGUCUGUCGCUGGUGAUCUUCCUGGUGUUCUCAUGCGUUGCACGAUCCACAGUCACAGAACCCUGUCGGUUUUCUGUUUCAUUCUUGUCGAGUAUACAGUUCUGGAAUGGUCGUGUGUCUGUGUGUUAACCUCCAGUCACCGACUCCAAAGUUGUGAAAAACAAAAAGUUCUUGACGUUUUUGUUAUUGCUAGGUACCGUACUUCGUCGUAACCAAAAAGAGGACGGCGAGAAUUGCCCUCUCACUUGUAAAAUCGAACGUCGCUCUAGUACUAGCUCCUACUGGAGUUACAUUACAACAGCCGGGUACUAAACUUCUGGUGGACCCUACAGAUUUACCUCGCAAUUUCACAAAGCGAAGUGGGUCUUAACAAACGCGCUUAAAGGUUUCGAAGAAAUGCUGACAAAGUUUUUGACGCGCCCAGCAAGCACAGACUUGUUUCUUGACAAUUUACACACCUUGACAAAUGUUUCAGAACUCGAGGCAAAACGAACAGUGCGUGCGAAAUGGAAAUCUUGAACUUGAAGGAAAAGAAUCACUUGGCAAGCCACCUGCUUGUAUGGGUUUAGGCUGCUCAUCACCGCGUAUAAUUGGUC